CAACAAAUGGGCAUCCUCGAGCGACCAUCAGGAGCGCAGACAAAUUUUUCUGCAGGUUCGACAGAAAUUGUUGUAGAUUUCUGAAUUUCCUCUAAAUACGGCGGACUCUGGAGGACUAUCAGUGACUGCGUCACGUUUGGCAGGUGGUUUGACUUCAAGUUUAACAGUCACGACCACCGUUUUGCCACCAAAACGCCCACCAAAUGGUCUAGAGGGUCCUCGCCCGUCCACCCAAAGUAACCCGACAGAGCGGAAUAAAUGGAGAGCGAGAAGAUAUUGAUGGCCGCUGGUGUGACGGUAGCCGCCGUCGUUGGAGCCUUUGUACUCUGGGGACCUUCAGGUUCCCGGUUGCGUCAGCGUCGUGGCCAGAUCGCAGGACUUCAUAAUUUCGGACGGACCUGCUUCCUGAAUACGCUGCUGCAGGCGCUGGCCGCGUGUCCGCAAUUCAUAGCCUGGCUCCAGCUGUACAAUGGAGCAUCGCCGGAUCGCAAGAGCCUGAUCAGCUCCAUGCUGAACACCCUGGAGGUAAUCAAUGGCACCCACGCCACCCUGCGCGGCGAUCCACAUUCCCCAGGCGCGGUACUGCGCGCGCUGAACACCCUGGGCUGGGUCAUACCACAGGAGGAGCACGAUGCCCACGAGUUGUUCCAUGUGCUGCUGUCCUCGCUGGAGGAGGAGGCCAUACGGCCGCAUCCACUGGGUUGUCUGUCCGACGCACUGCCCGGACCAUCGGGCGGCCAUGACGACGACACCAGCAGCAGCAUUGGCCUCGAAACCCCAUCUGGCGGUGGCUUCAGGCCACUCAACACGAUGGCCGUGGGCGUCGGUGCCAGCCAGCGGAUUGGGGAACAGCCGAAUCGACCAUCCAGCGCCAUGCUGACGGAUUUCCUCAACCUCGACUACGACGAGUCGACCAAUCUGACGCGCAUGGUGCGCUCCGAGGCGCACACACCCGACUCGCCGGCGUCGGUCUGCGAGCGUGAGGGAAACGAUCGAAUUGGCUCCCUGCUGGAUGCCAUCUCGCCCGGCACCUCCUUGAUGGGGCAGCAGCCGUUCGGCUUUCCCCUCUGCAGCCAACCGCUGGCCAUUGACUCGCUGACCACGCCCACCACUGUGGGUGGAGGGGAGCGCUUGUCGCGCCCCCGCCAGCCACAGUCGCAGGAGGUGAACGAGGGCCUCAAUCGGCGCGUCUCGGCCUCGUGCCGCUCCCUCGAGCGCCUCCACCGCGGCCCCGGACGCGUGUCGAUCUGGUCGAACAUGAUGCCCAGCCAGGUGGCCCAUCCCUUCCAGGGUGCCAUGGGCGCCCAGCUGGUGUGCAACGGCUGCGGCUCCAAGUCCUCGGUGCGCUACGAUAAAUUCGAUAGCGUAAUCCUCAACCUGCCGGCGCAACGUCGCACCGGCCUCAGCCUGGGCCACCUGCUCAGCGAGUACAUCACGUCGGAGGACCUGAGCGACGUCAAGUGUGACUCCUGCAACGAGACCACGACGCACACGAAGUCAGUGACGUUUGCCAAGCUCCCCGGCUGCCUGUGCAUUCACAUUGCCCGCACCGUCUGGCUGCCCACGGGGCAGGUGUGCAAGCGGCGGGACUAUGUGCACUUUCCCGAGAGCCUGUCCAUGGCGCCCUACAGCUUUGUGCAGCCACAUCUGAACAGUCAGGCCACCACACCCUGGGGCUCGACAAUGUCCUUGUUUUCCUCGAGCCUGCCCAUGAACAAUGUGGUGGGCGUUGGUGUCGGCGAAGGCUUCGGCACAAUGUUCCCCAAGAAUUUGUAUCGGCUGCUGGCCGUGGUGGUGCACACGGGCGAGGCCAACAGCGGACACUUUGUCACCUAUCGCCGUGGCUCGCUGAGGAAUGCCCAUCGUUGGUUCUACACAUCGGAUACGAUUGUGCGGGAGGUGACCAUCGAUGAGGUGCUCAGUGUUCCCGCUUACCUUUUGUUCUACGACCGAGGACAGCAGCGGCCAAUGCGCUAGCCAUCUAUAUGGGAAUAUAUAUUACCUACAUAUAUACAGUAUGUACACUUGGCCUAGUCAAUCACUCAGCCAAACACACAAAAAAACUUCUUGAUGUGAUGGAACAACCAAAACCAAACCCAAAACCC